GCAGCACAUCUCGCGAUGACACCAACAACCGCGAGAGUUCAGAGCUACCCUCAAAGUUAUAACCAUAGCAGCAGCAGCAGCACCAGCAGCAGCUCCAAAACAGCAGCAAUGGCCGCUUUCCGCAGAGUGGCAGCGCUGGCCGGGAAGAUGAACCUCUGGUCGGCAGGGAGAACAGAGCUGGUCGGUGGUCUGCCUGUCCGUGGAGGGAGGACUCGGAGGUGUGUAGCCGCAGGUGUGUGUGUCGCGACGGGAGGAGCUGUGGCUCUUUACUUCUACAGCGAAAUGACGAGCAGAGGAAAGAGGAAGAUGAGGAGUCAGAGCAUCAUCACUGGACUGAUACCCUCCAUCCCCACCGUGGAGGCGAAGGAGAAGGCCCGUACCUUUGACUUUGAGGAGGGGGACGUGUACAUGUCGUCCCAUGAGCACCGCUUCCGCAUGUUCAGCUCGGUGGAGUAUGAAGGGCAGGUGUACAUGACUCCACAGAACUUCAUCGAAUCGGUCACCAUGAGCGAACCCAGAAACAAGAGGCCCUGGAGGUCCCUGACCAAGCAGGAGCUGGAAAAGAUUUUGAUAGAGACUCCUCCAGUGUGGAGAGGAUCGUCCAAACUGUUCCGCAACCUGAGAGAACGAGGCAUCAUCUCAUACACAGAGUACCUGUUCCUGCUCUGCAUCCUGACAAAGCCCCACGCUGGCUUUAAGAUUGCUUUCAAUAUGUUUGAUGCGGACGGUAACCAGAUGGUGGACAAGAGGGAGUUCUUGGUGCUUCAGGAGAUCUUCCGGAAGAAAAACGAGAAGAGGUCGAGGAAAGGAGACGCUGAGAAGUCGGCGCAGUUGAGUAUGCAGCUCUAUGGAUAUCAGGUUGCCCCCAUGAACAGCGUGCUAAAAAAAGACAGUCAGGAGUUUGUGGCGCGGAGUUACUGGGACGUUCUGAGGCGAGGUGCCAGUCAAGUCCUCUUUUCGGACCUGGCGGAGCGGGCAGAUGAGAGCAUCACCAUUGACACCACCCUGUUGGUGCAUUUCUUUGGGAAGAAAGGGAAGGCGGAGCUUACUUUUGAUGACUUCUACAGGUUCAUGGAUAACCUUCAAACGGAGGUGUUGGAAAUAGAGUUUCUGACCUACUCUAAAGGAAUGACCACCAUCAGUGAAGAAGACUUUGCCAAAAUCCUGUUGCGCUUCACCAAUGUGGAGAACAUCAGCGCAUAUCUGGAGAAUGUCCGGCAGUGUAUACCGGAUGAGAAGGGAAUCACUUUCGAUGAGUUCAGAUCCUUCUUCCAGUUUCUGAACAACCUUGAGGACUUUGCCAUCGCCAUGCAAAUGUACAACUUUGCUUCUCGCUCCAUUGGACAAGAUGAGUUUGCGAGAGCAGUGUAUGUGGCCACGGGGCUGAAGCUGACACGUCACCUUGUUAACACCAUCUUCAAGAUCUUUGAUGUCGAUCACGACGACCAGCUCUCCUACAAGGAGUUCAUCGGGAUCAUGAAGGACCGGCUGCAUCGGGGAGCCAGGGGUUAUAAAUCUGUGGAGCGUGCCAUUUCUUUUAAGUCGUGUCUGAAGAAAGAGCUGGCGAGCAGCAGGUGAAGGGCCGACACCACACCUCCUUCUCCGGCUGUGUCCGCUUUGAGGCCAGAAAGCAAGUAAAGCAGCUCAGGAGGAGGUUCCAGGAGAAGUCCUAGAAGAGGAGAGAGAUGGAGGGCAGGAAAGAAAACAAUGAGGAAGACGUCGCAGUAUGGAAGAAAUCAAAAUGAGCUCUGACUUUACGGUCAGGGGUUUGAAAAAAUAACUUUUGAAGGACAGACCUCCUCUGGACUCCCAAAGUAGAUAACUUCAUUUGUACAAGCAUGUCCUCAAUCAGCUGACUGACACUCCUUAUACUGAUUAUAAUCAACAUUAUUGUUUUUCUUUCCUUGUUUCCCUGUUUUUCCCCCUCAAACCAACUAUGCCCAUAAUGAUUUGUGAGUUAAAACAGAGAGGAUUAUAUUAUAUAUUAUAUAUUAUAUGACUUUAUUCGAGCAUGACAUCUCCAUAGCAGGACUGCUACUUUUUUAAAUUAAGCUGUAAAUGUGAUGUUAUAAAGUAUAAUUUAUUCUAACCAGCAAAAUAAAAAUGCAAAUAUCUGUUUACAAACUGUAAGAACUAAAAGAGCACAAAUACUAUGAUAUCACAUCACACAAUAAAAACUGUAUGACAGCAAUGUUAUCCUCAUGACGUCAAUACUGGUGCCAGUAAUAAAUAAAAGAGCAGACAAAGAACUCUAAAGUUGUGAAAUAAA